GAUGUUGUGGUUGCUGCGCCGGCCCCGCCCGGGCGGGCUCUUUAUCGCUCGGGUUGCCGGGCCCGCCUGCGCCGCUCUAACCCCCCAUCCCCACCGCCCCGCACGCCGGGCCAUGCCGCUGGUGCGCUACAGGAAGGUGGUGAUCCUGGGCUACCGCUCCGUGGGCAAAACCUCCCUGGCUCAUCAGUUCGUGGAGGGGGAGUUCCUGGAGUGCUAUGACCCCACGGUGGAAAGCACCUACAACAAAAUGCUGGUGGUGGGGAAGGACGAGUUCCAUCUGCAGCUGGUGGACACAGCCGGGCAGGAUGAGUACACCAUCCUGCCCCACUCCUUUGUCAUCGGCAUCCACGGCUACGUGCUGGUGUAUUCGGUCACCUCACUCCGCAGCUUCCAGGUGGUGAAGACGCUGCACAACAAGCUGUAUGAGAGCCGGGGCAAGACGCGCAUGCCCGUGGUGCUGGUCGGGAACAAGGCAGACUUGUCCCUGGAGAGCCGGGAGGUGAAGACGGAUGAGGGCAAGAAGCUAGCAGAUUCCUGGGGCGCCAUCUUCCUGGAGUCGUCUGCUAAGGAGAACCAGGUGACGCAGGGCAUCUUCACCAAGAUCAUCGAGGAGAUUGACCGGGUGGACAACUCCUACGGCGAGGAGCGCAACUGCCACCUGAUGUGAGCCCCUUGCCCCUGCUGCCAGGGGUGCAUGCUGCUGCCCCUGCCGAAGAUUUCCUUCUGCCCUGAGGGAGAAGAGCCAUGGGCCGGUACUGCCGGCCUGGAGGAGCUACGGGUAUCCGCACACACUGUACCUCACUGGACGGCCCCCGCCCCGGGUGGCCGUUUUGCACACGGCUGUUGGCAGCAACAAUGGGUCCCCAGUUCGUGCCAUGGGGCCUUGCUGCUGGGUCUAUUUAAGUUGGGUUUGGUUUGGGGGUCUCUAUUUAUAGCUGGUGUCUGACCACGCACAUGUGUGAGCAUGGGGCUAGCGCCAGCUGGAGCCCAGUCUGGUCACGGUUCCCUGCUCCCCCAACGCACCCUUGGUGGCCUUAAUUCUCCUGACGUGAAUCAAUUUGAAGCUCGGGCUGUGCCGGGGGCCAGGCUGUUUGGGCCGUGUCUUGUGAGAGGGUGGCGCUGUCGUGGGAGCCGGGGACGGCUCAAUGGGAACAAUUAAAGUUUGUUUUGUAAGCAAACCCUGUGCCCUCUGCCCAGUCUGUGGGCCAGACCCGGAGGAAGGGCUCAGGGCAGUGCAGCUGUGGGCAUUGCCCUCUGUGGGUGCCAGUGCUGAGUUAAACGCCCUGGGGCUGGGGGAGGAAGAUUGCAUGGGUCCUGGGCCCACCUGUUGCAGGGAUGACCCACGUGCAAGGAGCCUCGCUGCCUGGAUGUCAUCACUGGGGGGCAAGGGUGACGCGGGCAGGAGCUCCCUUGCAUGUUGGCGAGCUGGUCCUCAUCUGCUGCUUCAGAGAUGAGUUGUUCAGG